AUGGUGAGCGGGGAUGAGCCCUUUGAUGCCAACAGCUUCCGUGACCUGCGGGAUAAGGUACUGACUUGGCAGUUCUGUGUCCCCUCAUACCUUUCUGUGGACUGUGUAAUCCUCAUAAAAAAAUGUCUUAUGGUAGAUGCCAGUAAGAGAGCCACCCUCCAGAACCUAAUCACUGACCGUUGGGUAAAUUUGGGCUAUGAAAAAGCAUUAACGCCCUAUGUGGAGCCCCUCCCAGAUUGCGAAGAUGUGCGGCGCACUGCACAGCUGCUGUCAAUGGAGUACACUACCGACAAAAUUAGGGAAUCCCUAAGCGAAGAACAGUAUGACGAGAUCAUGGGCACAUAUCUGCUAUUGGGCAGUCAGGGGCAGGAGGACUCUGCCCUCACCCUGCAGCCCCAGCCCUCACCUGUUCAGAAGUGCAGUCGCUCUCCAUCCCCCAACCACGAGGAACAUCAAGGUGUGUCUGCUGAGCACAUGCAGCACAGAUACAGUGAGCCCGUGAUCCUCCCCUCAUAUUGCUUCCUGAAAAAUGGACAGGAGGACAUGCAGUUCGAGUCCAGGAGGAAGGCCUGGAGCACAGCCAAUAUUCCUGCCAGCCCCCUUCCAGGCCAGGACGGGGGGAAGCCCACCACUGUCUCCCCCAGAAGCGGUCAGCCGUGCGCUCUCCAUCCUGUAGAGAGGAUCAGGCUGGAGCAGGCCGUCAUUCAUGAGGUCAGUGAAAGACCAAACGUAGCAGAGGCAGGAGCCUUCAGAACCACUGCUGCAUCUAUGGAAGGCCUGUUCCCGCUCCCCCUGCCCCAGGAACCCCUGACGGACACGGUGCAGCCCAGCCCGGCAUCAGGGCUCAGCCCCAGGGAGAAUCCCUCGGAAGGGCCCCAGCCCAGCACAGGCCCCCAGCUCGGCCCUGUGGCCUCACCCUCUGCCCACAGCAGCUGCAGUGGGGAGGGCCACCCUGAAAGGACCAGUUCCCCCCGAGGUGUUCCCUGGGGAAACUCUGUUUCUGUGGGGCAGCGCCACUUAGGUGAGCAGCAGAAUGUUCCCUGUGAGGCACGGCCAGCCUCCCCUUGUGGUGACAAGCAGGGCAGGCGAGGGGCUAUGAGGAAGUUCUUGCAAUGCAUCUGCAGGGGUGCUUGCUUGGGAUGUGCCAGGGGGAAGCAAGAGCGAGGGGAGAGGAAAUACCAAAAGGAGAGAUUCUGUCAGGAGGAUCAGCCACGCUCAAGGUAUUUUAAGUUAGGGAUGAAGAUGAUGAGCUCCCUGGAUCCACAGGAGAUGCUGGGUGAGAUCUGCCGAGUGCUCGAUGCACUGGGCUAUGAGUGGGACCUGACGGGGAGCUACAGGCUGCUCUGCAUGCGUGGGACACCGGGCCAGGAGGACUUCGUUCAGUGGAGGGUGGAGGUCUGCAGACUGCCGUGGCGGGGUCUUCAUGGGGUCCAAGUGAGGAAAAUGUCUGGGACCUCCAGGGCCUUCAAAAACAUUGCCACCAACCUAGAGAAAUGGCUUCAGGUUUAA